AUACUGGUGCUCCUGGCAGAGCACUGGCUGCCUGGUGCUCUUGGGGUUACGGAGGGAGGUAGCACGGCUUGGGAAGUCUCCAGGGACCGUCACUCCCCAGCAGAAAGGGAGGCUGGUGGAGCACAGGGGUCCGAGGAGGGAGACAUCAAAGGAUGGGAAUCAUCCCCUCAGUGGCUGUGGGGCCAGGCAGAAUCUGGCUGUCCUGGCUGUGCCUCUUGCAAACACAGCAGAACAUUUCCCAUCCCACCACCCCCUUCCAGCUGGCUGCAGAUCAUCCCCCUCCACCCAGCUGGGGCAGGAAGGGGACGUUUCAUCCUGGAGGCUUGUGGUGCUGCCCAGUUUAGGAUGAGGAUGCUAAAGCAUUUGCUGGGCUGGUUAGGGCCAUCAGCCCCUGGGCAGGAGUGUGGGGAGAAAGGGAAAGCAAAAAGCCCUGAGCUGGUGAUGGGCAGGAGCUGGGCAGAAACGCUGCGGCUCCAGCGGUUGCUGCCAUUGCUGAGAGCUGGGACAGGAGGUCACUUGCCAGCCCACAGGAAGGCGUGAGGCGCUCUCAUAAGGGAAAUGAGGAACAGCUCUUGCCUCAGAAGUGACCACAAGCCCUGGGGAGGAGCAGAGCUGCUGGGACAAGGGGAGCAGAGCGUGGUGGGAUGGCCAGGGGUGGCCAGGAGACCCCACAAAGUGGCAUGAACUUGUUCCUGGGCACUGUGCUGCUGCUCCUGCUGCUGCCUGGUGAGUGGCAUCCUUAGCACUGGGGGUGCAUGGGCUUUGUGGGAAGGUUUUCCCAUGGGAAGGUGUUCACCAAAAGACCAAGUCGGGAUUUCAUCCUGAAAUGUGGACAGGCCAGAGGGGAGCAUCCCCACAGGGAUGUGCAGAGGUGAGCACAGUUGGGGGCUUAGUUGCUGGGGGCUUUUUAAAAACCUGGGAUCAGCAGUCCAGGGUCUCCUUUGUGAGAUCCUCUGGCAGGCUGGACACGGUGGUUUUGCCCUCACUACCUCCGAUCCCUGUCCAGGUGUUUUUGAAGCCCAUGUAACUGCAGGACUGUUCCUUUAAAACCUGGCAGCUGCCAGACUCUCCUGCCUUCCCCUCCCCUUUCCCUCUGGACAGAGGGAGGGCUGACCCUAGAUUUUGGUGUUUCCCCCCCUUUCUCCAUAUCCCCCUCUUCCAGAUGUUGCCGAAGGACAGGACAGCUGUUCCGGUGAGUGUCCCCUCCCAUUCCCACCCUUGCUCCCACAGCCCACCCAGUGCUGUGGUGCCCAGUGGUCACCUGCUGCCACCCUCCCCAGACCUGCAUCGGGGUGAUCAGCACCGUGAGUGCUGCAAUGUGGUGCUGGAGCAGCAGAACCCAGGCAGCAGCAGCCGAGUGCUCCUCCUGUCCCAGCACUGCCCGGAGCUGUGGCGCUCCAAGAGCCGCGCCUGUGCCUGCCUGAGGGAACACUGGCUCAGGCUGCUGCAGUCAGGGCGGCACAGUUGGAUGGCUGGGCUCAAGACUCUGCUCCUCAAUGUCAGCAGGGCUGUCACCCGUGAUGUCCUCAUCACCUUCUCCCCCACAGAGGGCCCCAGCAGGCUGAACACCACAGAGAAAGGGAAGGCAGGUAAAAUCCACCUCCCCAAAGAGAUAUUCAAGUCCCUGAGCAGCCAAACAGUGCGUGUGGUGGUGACAGUCCUCAAUAUCCAGCAGCUUGGCAUGUUCAAGGAAGUCAACCAGACAGGGCAGGUCCUGGACAACACCGUGGUGGGCAUCACGGUGGGAGAGAGCAGCAUCUCGGGGCUGCGGGAGCCCGUGCAGCUCACCUUCGCCCAUAGGGAGCUGCCCCAGGGCGUCACCCCCCGAUGCGUGUUCUGGGAUGGCAGCAAAGGGCAGGCAGGAGGCUGGCGCAGCAGUGGAUGUGUCACACAGCCCGGGGACAAGGGGACAGUCUGCUCCUGUGACCAUCUCACCUUCUUCACCCUCCUCCUGAACCCAGCUCUGGAUGGCUCCACAGCAAAAGCUUUGAUGGUUGUUGCCACUGCUGGCUGUGGGGUAGCCAUGGCUUUCUCCAUCUUCACCAUGGCCUUCUGCAUCUUCGUCAGGUGCAGGUUCAGGUUUGAGGAGACCGUCCGCACCAACCUGGGGCUGCACGUCAACCUCGUGGGCAGCCUGCUCCUCCUCAACCUGGCCUUCCUGCUCAACAGUGGGCUCUCUGCCAGGACCAACCCAAGCACCUGUGGGGUCCUGGGGGGGCUCACCCACUACUGCCUGCUCUGCUGCUUCACCUGGACGGCACUGGAGGGCUGUCAGCUCUACCUUCUCUUUGUCAAGGUCCUCGGCACCUACAUCCACCACUACCUGGCAAAGCUGUGCCUGGCUGGCUGGGGCUUCCCUGCUGUCGUGGUGGGAGUGGCAGGAGCUAUUGGCAGCUACGGACAAUACAGCAUCCAGACCAUGGACCACCAGGUCAUAGCCCACCUGUGCUGGAUCACUUCCAAACAUCUUCUGGUCCACUACAUCACCAACUGUGGCUACUUUGGCCUCAUCUUCCUCUUCAACAUGGUUGUCUUUGGGGUGGUGACCCACAAGAGCUGCAGCUUGCAGGGCACUGGGGCAGUGCCGGGACACCGUAAGCCCUGGAAGGUGGCUCUGGUGGCAGCAGGGAUCUUCUGCCUGCUGGGAGCCACUUGGGCCCUGGCAUUCCUCACCUAUGGCAUCUCCUCCGCAGCUGUGCUCUACCUCUUCACUGUCCUCAACUCUCUCCAAGGAAUCUUCAUAUUCAUCUGGUUGGUCAUCCUUUACUACCCAAAGACAAAGGAGACCACUGGUUCCCUCUCCUACAUCAUCAGACAUGACAAAACCACCACAGCCUCCCAGGACUAGCUCCUGGCUGGAGCAGUUCCUGGCUGGAGCUCUCUCCCUGCCUGUACCUGCAUCCACUGAGAGCAAUCCUGGCAGAUGCAGCUUCCUCACAGAGGGAGAGACCAACUAACAAUGCCUCAGUUUACCCUUCAGUGGGCAUGAUCCACCUCAGCAGGGCUCUUUGCUUUGUCCCUUUCACUCCUGGUGGGCUGCCCUGGGCAAGGAGCUCCACAGAUGAUGCUUCUGCAAACUCCCUCCAGGCUGCAGCUCCAUGGUCUGGAGGGGGCCCUGAUCUCAUCCCCAGGGCACAAGGAGGAAGCCCACAAAGCACCUGCCUUCAUCCAUGAUGGAGCCAUCACCCUCUUUGCUAGAGGUGGCUUUUGGUGCUGAACCAGCCCAGCAGUGAGAUUCCUGCCACUGGAGGGAGAGGAUUGUGAGAAGUUUGCAUCUGGGAAUCAGUAAAAAGAAGAGGAAAUCCAUGAUCUUCUUUGCAAAAUGUCUCCUUGCUCUCUGGCAGAGAUCUGCUGUGUGUCCUUCCUGCCAAACAGCCUCUGGGGCCAGCAGCAAUUCCCUCAUGGACAUGGUGCUCUAGCCAGAAUGCAUAUACAGCUGCCUUGCAGGGCAAUGCUGUCUUCUCCUGAUCUGUGUUUUGGUAUUAAACCCCUCCCAGCUGUCUGAGCACUGUGAA